AUGGCUUGUCGAUCCCUUCGGUCCCUGCUUCGGGGUCUUUUCCUAGCCCUCUCAUUGAUAGUUUCAUGCCAGGCGAAGCCAGACAAUGUUGAAUCUCGAAGAUUACAAGAUCCAGAAUAUCUGGCGAGUCGUUAUGAGGAUUUAGUCGAGCUGUUGGUGGGGGCGGGUAUCAGCACCCUUGACGAUUUGACUGACGAUCAAUCCAAUUCUCCUCAGUUUCAGGCUGCCAUAUGGAUGGUUCUUGACGAUGCUCGCCAAGUGGAUUUCGACAGGCCCGAAAAAGUUGUACAGAGGUAUAUUCUAGCCACGGCCUUUUACGCUCUUGAAGGCGUUGGUUUUUGGGGCAACCGAUUAAAUUUUUUGUCUGCCGACCAUGAGUGCAAAUGGUACGUAUCUGGAUACUAUUUUGGUCGAGAUAACCUUCAACAGUUUGGCGUCAAAUGCAACAAUGUCGGGAAAGUUCAAGCCCUCCAUUUCCCCAGCAAUUACUUGCGUGGCCAAUUCCCAAUGGAUCUGGCUCAUUUGACAGAUUUGGAGGAGUUCAAUGUUUUUAAUAACCCUUAUUUGAGAUCUGGAUUUCCUUCCUUUUUCGAGGGAAUGGCAAACAUCAAGUACAUUGGGCUGCAUUAUUGUGAUCUUGAAGGAACUUUGCCCACGUGGUUGGGCGAGCUGACUUCUCUGGAGUCCCUUAUGUUGUCAAACGAUCUUUUUACGGGGCCUCUACCAAAUAUGACAAACCUGGUCAAUUUGACACACUUGUAUUUGGAUGACAACCUUCUGCUUGGCGAUUUGAGUGUUCUCUCCGGAUUAUCCAACCUACGUCAUCUCAUAUUGGAAGAUAACCAAUUCGAAGGAUCCCUUGAUGAGUCGCUGGUCGGAAGCUGGGAGAACCUUGAAAUUUUCGACGUUAGCGGAAACAAUCUGACAUCCAGCAUUCCAGAGAGCAUCUUCACCCUCCCCAAACUUUGGGUUGCUGAUUUGAAUGGGAAUCUUCUGUCUGGCACUCUUCCAGCCGUUUCGGAAGCCAACACCGCUCUUGAGAUCUUGACGCUAGGCGGGAACAACCUCAGCGGGGAAGUCCCAAGUGAGCUGGGCCAAUUCAUCAGCAUGAAACAACUGGAUCUAUCUGACAACCUAUUGACAUCUACCAUUCCUUCCUCCUUGGUAAACAUGGUGGAUUUGGAAUUCCUAUACAUCAACCAGAAUCCGCUUGCACCGGAUCCCAUCCCUGAUUUCUUGGCUGAGAUGACCAACUUGAAGGAGUUAUCCUUGAAGGACACUGCUCGGACGGGGUCAAUACCCCACAUGAUUGGAAACUGGGGGUCUAUGGUGUUUUUGGACCUGGACAACAACGGUUUGACUGGAAACAUUCCAGCUUCCCUUGGCAUACUGACAGCCUUGCAAUAUCUUUUCUUGAACCGCAAUGAGCUCAGUGGCUUUGUGCCGUCAUCACUGGAAUCUCUGUCGAAUCUUGCCUACUUCUUCAUCGACCAGAACAACAUUAUAGGUUCUCUGGAUGAAAUCAUUUGCGGCAUUGACUACCAAGAUAUAUUUGUGGCUGACUGCGGUGGAGUGGCCCCAGACGUGACUUGCUAUUGCUGUAACAUUUGCUGUUCCGAUGCUGACACGGGCUGCAAUAACCAAAUUUGGACCAGCGUCGUCAACCCCAUCUGGGAACUUGGCUUUGAGCUUCCAGGGCCACAAAACACUGAAGGGUCACAAUCCUACACAAUAUCUGGUUUCUUUGGGGAGCCACUCCCAUAG